AUGGAUCUCGGCGAUGGGCUCAGCAUCGCAAAGGUCGCCUGGGAGGUGUACAACUACGGAUGGACCCCCGAGCUGAAUGCGAGCGUAAACUAUAACUCGUUCGGCGCCGAGGUCCGCCACCUCGCCCUGAACCUCGACCUCCUCUCCCGCGUCAUCAGCCGCGCCGACCGGUCCCUCCACGACAAUGGCGGCCGCGCCUCCGACCGCCUGCGAUGGGACCCCAAAUCCCUCGGCGAGAUUGUCGGCGACUACCGGACCACCCUGGAGGAGUGCGACAAGCUGCUGCGCGACAACCGCAAGUUCGAGGCCGCCACGCAUAACCCUCUGCUCAGCGUCGGGUGGAACAUGCUCGUCCAGGGCAGGGUCGACCGGUUGAGGACGAGGAUCCAGAUGCAUAACUUGAGCAUUCAGACCGUCGUCAAGCCUUUUGAAAUCGAUCUCCUAACACGCGUCCACCAAGACCUCGCCAUGCGCAUGGGCGCCAUGCACGACGACAUCCGCGGCAUGCGCACCGAUCUCCGCAAGCUCAUGGGCGAGCUGGUCCCCGAUCUCAAGUCCGCCCUCGACGAGCAGGCUUCACGCCAGCUUCGCUUCCUCUCCAUCCCCUCCACGUGGAACGCGGUUUCGAGGCCUCCUUCGCCCUCCACCCCGUCUUCCAGAUCACCGACCACCCCCAGCAGCAAGGCCCCCCUGCGCGACAUGGCCGACGCCUUCAUCCACCACCUCGACCGGAGCACCGUCGCCUUCGCGCCCGGUUUGACCGUCAGCGAACGCACCCCGCCCGCCGAGCAGUACGUCAACUUGCUCAACUUGAGGAUAAACUUUCAGCGCAGUGCGAAAAGUUCCCCGGAUCAUGCUCGAGCCUCGCCUUGA